GGUCAGGAAUGGCAGUGGCAGAGACAGGGGAUAUGAGUUGCUCCUCUGUGACUCUGGCCAGUGUCCUGCAGGUGAAAGGAGCAGCUUUAGAUGAGGAAGAAAUAUGGGCCCUCUUACUUCUGGCCACUGAAUACAUUCUUGAAAACCUCAACAAGGAUUCCUUUAAUUACGUUGUCUGUCCCUGGUCAGCCCUGCUUUCUGCCAGAGGGACUGUGGCUUUCCAAAACAAUGUUUCCCACUUGGAGGCUGCACUUUUCAAGGCCCCAGAAACACUUCAGGAACAGGGCAAAAUUGGUCAUCUUGAACUAUCUAAGAUGCAUGUUUAUUCACUGGGAAUGACCCUGUACUGGUCAGUAGAUUUUCAAGUUCCUCCAAAUCAGCCUCUUCAGAUAGGUGAUCCACUGCACUCCAUUCUGCUAAUGAUGUGUGAAGAUUUGCCCCACAAACGCUUUCCUUUGGAAUCCAUUUUGGAAGCGUGCAAUACCCAUCAGAAAGAGACCGCUACAACUCCAGCCAACAUCUGCAUUAAGCGAAUGGUCAAACUCGUGCAGGGAAGCAUUCUGGAGAUGGAACAACUAAUAGUUGAAGAAAGCACAUCGACCUGGCAGAACAGAAGUUCUAAGUUAAGGAAAAGACUCCAUCAGAAGCAAAGCGACCCUUCAUGGUUAUCCUCCCAGCUGAACUUGUGCCAAGUUUCAGAGAGAAAUUCACAGACAAGAAGAGAAUGGGAGCCUCACUUGAGCACUUUGGAACAUAGCAAGUACAAGCUGUCUAUUAACAGGUCAGCCAGCAUGGCUAUGGAUGAGCUCUCCAUGGGAGUUCGAGACAAUUGGCUCAGUUCAGAAUCCACAUUCUCUGUCUCGGCCAAAAGCUCCUCCUCAGUGAACACUUCCCAGAGGUGCCUGUUCCAGAGGAAAGAAAAGUUUGCGAGGCCUGAAUUUAUCCUGUUGUCUGGAGAGCCACCGGUGACCUUACAUCUGCCCGGAUCCAUUGUGACAAAAAAGGAGAAAUCUCACCUGUCUCAAAGAGACCUUUAUGUAGUUCUGCUGAAUGGACAGUGCUUAGAGAUGAAAUGUGACAACAAGUCUAAAGCAAAAGAUAUCUUUGAUGCAGUUAUAGCCUAUAUAAAUCUGGUUGAACCCUUCUACUUUGGUUUAGCUUACAUGAAAGGAAAUGAGUUCUUCUUUUUGGAUGAUGAGACUAAGCUAUACAAAGUGGCGCCAGAUGGCUGGAAUAACCAAACCAAAAAGAAAUCUUCCAUCAUUAACUUCACACUCUUUCUGAGGAUAAAAUUCUAUGUCAACCACUUUAACACCAUCCAACACGGCCUGACGAGACAUCAAUUUUACCUGCAGCUUCGGAAAGAUAUUCUGGAGGAGCGAGUGUACUGCAGUGAUGAGAUGUUGUGGCAGCUUGGCUCGUUGGCCUUACAAGCAGAAUUUGGCAAUUAUACUGCAGAGGUGCGGGAUAGGAAUUAUUUUCGGGUUGAAGACUACCUUCCGGCGAGUAUGAUCGAACGGGUGACCGUACGCUAUGCACAACAACAGAUCUCAGAGAUGCAUCGUCUCCUCUGCCCUCUCUUUGUAGAAGAAGCUGAACUGGAAUUUUUAAAGAUGACCCAGCAACUUCCAGAAUAUGGAGUGCUCUUUUAUCGAGUUUUCCAAGAGAAGAGACUGUUAGGAGGGGAGAUGAUUUUGGGGAUUUGUGCCAAAGGCAUUAUCGUAUAUGAAAUAAGGAACAGCAGCAGAAUUGCAAGCUUACGAUUCCAGUGGCGAGAAACAGAGAAAAUUUACACCCACCGAAAGAAGUUCACUGUUGAAAGCAGCUUCAGUGGGAAAAAGCACACUUUCAUCACGGAUACUGCCAAGACGUGCACGUAUUUACUGGACCUCUGCUCUGCCCAGCAUAAAUUUAAUGCUCAGAUGAGCUCUGGACACUUUUAUAGAGCCUCUUCAGAGGACAAUAAAUUCUUGGAAACGGUGCCGGCCAACGCCGCCUUGGCGUCUCGACAGGAGCAUCUGGCCUUGGUUCGGAGAUUGUCUCGCUCGGAAGAUGGGCUGUCGGGAUCCAAGCAGGAAACUGCAUCUGCCAGUCUGAUGAGCAAAUCUUGUAAUAAUCUCAGUGAGGGAACCCGUAAUGGGGUAGGAGAAGACGGCGAUGAAGGCAGUGCUUCUGUUGAACAAUCUGAGAUAUCAGCUUCUGCAUCCAAAAAACAGAGAAAUUCUGACUACGUGGUUGUUCAGUCUGCCCAGAAACCUGUCAGUGAUCCUGUUGCACAUACUACCUCUUUAUCUGCAGCUCCAGAGACACCAAAUAUUAAGAGGGAGAACUUCUUAAGUGGACUGGAAAGAGAAAUAAUUUGUUUGACUCUACAGCGAGACCCAAAGCAUGGUUUUGGUUUUGUCAUUAUUGGUGGGGAAAAUAUAGGGAAAUUGGACCUUGGAAUCUUUAUUGCCUCAGUUGUACCCGAUGGACCGGCUGACCAAACUGGAAAGAUCAAACCAGGGGGCCGAAUAAUAGCCUUGAAUAACAUUAGUCUGGAGGGAGUCACGUUUAACAUUGCUGUUAAAAUGAUCCAGACUUCUCCUGACAAAAUGGAAUUGAUUAUUUCUCAGCCAAGAGGCACCUGUGAUGAGACAGCACAGGAGAAGACUGGACAAAGGAAAGGCUCCGAGUUCUCCUGUGCAGACAGUGGGGCGAUCAGGCUUCAAGGCAGCAGUUCAGCACACUCCAAAGAGCAAGACAUAAAUAUUGAUGAACUUGAAAUGUCUCUCUCUUGGAAUCUAACCCCCGAUUUGGAACCUCAAGUUUCAACUCCAUCAAUUGCCGGAAUCAACCUGAAGGAAGCUUCACUUGCCAACACAUACUCCGUGGAGCUGGUUAAAGAAGAAGGGACAUUUGGAAUCAGUGUGACUGGAAGCAUAAACACCAAUGUGAAGCAUGGUGGUGUCUAUGUGAAAUCCAUCAUUCCUGGAGGACCAGCUGCCAAAGAUGGACAAAUUAGAAUCGGUGAUCGUCUGCUGGAAGUGGAUGGAGUCAGCCUGUGUGGCGUCACUCAUGAACAGGCUGUGGAAUCUCUCAAGAGCUCGGGCCAGGUUGCGAGGCUGGUUUUAGAGCGAAGAGACCACAGAGCUGAGGAGCAAUGUCCAUCUGCUGAUGACAGAAAGGAAGAUGAAUGCGGUGCUGUUUCCUUGGCAACAACCUUGUUUGACAACCCCGGGGACCGUCUCUUAGUGACAGAUGAUAACACCUUUGAAAUCAACCUGACAAAGAACUCCAGUGGUCUGGGGUUCAGUUUUCUGCAGAUGGGAAGAGAGAGCUCAGAUCACCUCAGAAGCGACAUUGUGAGAAUUAAGAGGCUGUUUCCUGGGCAGCCAGCGGAGGAGAAUGGAAAAAUGGAAGUUGGGGAUAUUAUCCUAGCAGUGAAUGGAAAGAUGAUAGACGGUCUUUCAUACCAGGAAGUCCUUCACUUGCUGAGGGGGGCUCCCCAGGAUGUCACACUGCGACUCUGCAGACCACCUAAGGGUGUCAUGCCAGAAGUAGACCAGGGUUUUCUGACUCCAAAGCCUUCAUCAGAUAAAGAGUUCAUAAAUGCAGUCAGCACUCCCUCAGACUCUGGAAGCAGUUUGGACCAAGAUGACAGUGAGAGGGACAGCUCCUCUCCAGAACUGGAGGAAAACCUGGAUGCUCCAAUAACAUCUUUCCAUGAGACCAAGAUUCUGGAAGGAGAGGUCCAAGAACCAGGUGAAGAGAGACUCCUGAAUAGCCAUUUGCUUCAUCCUGAGGCUAUCCACAAUGAACAUUUUUGGAGAUCUUAUCAAAAUCAGAGUUGCUCACUUCCCUGAAAGGGGACGAGACAAAACUGCUACUCAGUAUGUGAUAGCCAGAAAGCUGGGAGGUAAGAGUUUCCUGUCCAGCAGUGAUGAUGCAUGUAGGAGAAAUUAUAUGGCUGGAAAUCAUGGAUUUCAAAUCAUACUUUUGAUUUUCAGAAUUAACACCUGGCAUUUACCUCCCCUUGAUCAUUGUAACACACCUGUAUUUGCUAUUGUUUCUUACUCAAAGUAAUAAUGAUAAUAAUGAUGGUACUUGUUAAGUGCUUACUAUGUAACAAGCUCUGUUCUAA